CUGUUUUUGUGUUCACAUGUGGUGGUAUAAAUUAAAUACAUAGAAGACCUCUUCAAUCCAAUUCCAAGAGAAAAGCGAGGAAGGAAUCCACUGUUAGAACUAAUUUCAUCUUUUCUGUUUUUUGUCAAAACCCAUAAAAGAAUGACUUCAUGGAAGAAAACAAUCGCAACGCCAUUCAAGAAAGCGGCGACGUUCUUUAACCAACCGCAGCAAACGUCACACAACCGCCACGCAAACGCCAAGGCGAGGGAGGAACACGAGAGAAGAACGGUGAAGGAGCUUCAAGGUGACGUCAUGGCUUGUGGUUAUGAAGAUGUCCUCGUCAUGUGGUCGAUUCUUGACAAGUCAAACUCUUCAAACAAUCUCAGUUCUUGAUUAGUUGCUUAUAACCAAAAGUUCUCCUCUUUCAACGUAAUUACAUUACGUGAAAAGGGAAUUCGAAUCUUUUUCAUUUUAUUUUUCCAUGUGUACAGUUUGUAUUAGCCCGCCAUGUCUCUCUUCCUUCUCCUUAUCUUCAUGUGGUCGCGGCUUCUAUAUUUCCUUUAAGUUAGAUUUUAAUGAAAGUUCCCAUGAUUAGUUUUGAUUCGGAUGUUUGUAAUCCCCGUGACGAUCUAAUUAUCGAAUUCACGGUGCGAUUUUUCAUUUCGUUCGAAAGAAAUUAAGUCUUUUGAUGGUUUUA